AUGAUUACAGGAAAACAAGGAACUCCAGAAGAAACACAAGAAUUCGCAGCAGUUCAGAUCACGCCAAUAGUACAACUCCAAGCAGAAAGGCGACUGCAACCCUCUAGACGAAGAGAGUCAGAAUUAUCUACAGAGCCAAUUUAUGCAGUUGGCACUGUAGAAUGGGGUGCCUGGAAAGAUGCUUAUGCAAGAAUGGACAAAUACUGGUAUUGGGGAUCACUCAGACGAUAUGCUACUUACAUAUUUAAUGGUUACAAAAAAGAUAUCAACUGGAGUUGCAGCGGUAUCAUACGCUAUUUAAAUCCUUGCUACGGGUGCUCUCGAUGUUACGUAGACAAUAAAGAAAUAAUCAGCUUAAAAAAACGAUGGUGGAAUAUGUUUGUUCCAAAAGUUAACACCUAUUUAGCUGAUCAAAAAGACGUUAAGUACAGCAACGUAAUUAAUGAGAAUUGUGGAAUAAUUCAUGAAGCUACUAUUUCUACUGUAGAGUUAAACAUUUCAACACGCAACAUUAACCUUUCAAAAGAUAUAUUGACACCUGCAGCAAAAAUUGAAUUUGGACCAGAAAACAUUGAUUAUUUUCAUUUUGUCAAAGAAGGUUGGCAAAGAGUAGAAGGUAAAAAAAAAUUAAUCUCAAACGCCUUAGAAGCAAAAGAAAUUGAAAUUUAUCCAACGAAAUUGGAUGACUCAGCUGUAAACGAGCGUUCUUUCUACAUAGAUAAUGAAGAAUUUGAAUUAAAUAUUAAUCAAUUUUUAUGUAAAGAGCUUCCAUAUGCUCUUAAAUUUAGUUUUUACCUUACACGAAUCUCGUGGGUUUUGGCUUCCAUCAAUGUUCCCUACGCUAAGUCAGGAAUUGGUGUAAUGAAUUCAUAA